AUGGCCCGCCAGUCACCCACCAUCACCAAGAUGGCCGUCCGCAACGUCCAUGACGCCGAGAUCCUCCUCCACGCCGUCAAGCUCAAGAUCCUCCCCAUGGUCGUCCACCGUCUCGGCGACGAGGAGCGCCUCGCCCUCCGAUCCGGCUGCAUCUACGUCUGGGAGGAGCGCAGCUCCAAUCCCCACGAGGCUACUGGCCAGGAGAUCCAGCGCUUUACCGAGGGCCGCAGCUGGGGUCCCUCUCGCGCAAAGGACAAUUUCUUGAUCUACUACGAGAAAGCGAGCCCCUCGAGGACCUCGGUCCUCCUUCGCACCAACCCGCGCGCCGCGCCCCAGCUCGUCAAGCAGACCUAUUCUGUUUACAUUGACUACCCGCGCAACACCCGCAAGUGGCAUCUCAACGCUUACUACACCAAGGAGACCUAUCACUCUCUGAACACCAUCGACGACUACCCCGAGCUCGCGAGCAUACAAGUACCCAUAAACGAGUAUGUAUGCGCGCGGAACAACGGUGCGCGCAGCAGGACUCGCGCACUCACCUUCGCUCCGCCCGCGCUUGCGCUCUCCGACUCGGGCCCUUCUCCCCCACCGUCGCCUCCUUCGAGCAACAGCAGCACGAGCUCGCUUCAACACUCCCAUCAGCACCAAGACGCCUAUCCCUUCCCUCCUACACCCGCAGUCGACCCGCACGGCCACCGGGCCCAGCACCAGCCGAAGCCCGCCCUGUCAGAGACUCAGAGCGCGCAAAAUGUCGCGUGGCGCCUCGCGCCCCUCGAAUACCUGCAGAACCUCGCCCCAGCACCGCGCGAUCCUGCGGACGAGACUGCCCUGAGGCAGCUCCAGUACGGCCGCGGACUAGAUUGA